AUGGACGACGACGCGUUCGAGAGGUUGGAUAAGCAAAAGGCGAGUCGACGGGAGAAGCGCACGGCGGUGCGGGCGGUGCGCGAGGAGGCCGCGAGUGGUGGUGCGAGAGGCGGGACGGACGCGCGGUUGUCGUUUUUGUACGAAGAGGGGGUGAACGCGAACGACGCGGGGGCGGUGACGAAGUGCAACGACGUGUUGCGGCGAUGCGCGAGCAUGGAGGAAGUGCUCGGUUUGGUGAAGGAAAUGCGAGACGCGGGGUUGGAGCCCGUGGAGAGCACGUACGUAGCGGUGAUGCUCGUGUGUCAAAACGUUGGCUCGCCCGAACGUGCGGUGCAGGUGUACGACGCGAUGACGGAGGCGCAAGUGCGCAUGACGGGACGUACGUUUCAUCUGGCCAUCGAGUUGGCGCUCAAGGCUGAGAUGUUCAAGGACGCGCUUCGUAUCAAAGAUGAUAUGCGCUAUGUCGGGUUGCCGGUGAGCUCGAAGCUUUACGUGACGCUUCUGCGCGCGUUGGCGGACAACGACAUGGGAAAGCGAAAGGGGCCACAGGAGCGACUCAUUCGCACGUGUCGUCUUUUUGAAGAGAUGCUCAACGAAGAUGUCGACCCAGCGCCGGCGGCGUAUCACACUCUCAUCGUUGCCGCACAUCGCGCGAAUCAGCACGACCUGGCGGUGCGCACUUUCGAUGAACUCAUCGAAGAGGGGAUCACGCCGGCGAGACAAACGUACGAGACUGCCCUCGAUUCCAUGGCACGAAGCGGACUUCUCGCGCAAGCUUUGGAAGUUUUUGUGCAGAUGAAGUCGAACGGACUCAUGCCACGAAAGGUGACGUACAACACACUUUUGAGUGCUUGCGUGAACGCACCGCAACCGCGCGUGGAGGCGGCGUUUGAAAUUUUUGAAGAAAUGCAAACGAAAGGCAACGUGACGCCGGACAGGAGCACGUACUCACUACUCAUCGACGCCGCGUGUAAAGCGGGUAAACCCGAGAUGGCGUUUGACGCGUUCAGCCACAUGCGGGAUUCUGGUAUUGAAAUCCAAGUCGGCACGUUAAAUCGAUUGAUUCACGCUGCGGGAUUGAACGCCAAGGAGGACUCUACAUCGGUACAAGCAACUCUCGAGCUUUAUGACGCGAUGAAAAAGCUUGGCGUUGAACCAGACGUGAUCACGUAUGGUAGUUUGAUCGCUACAUGCGCUAAGGCGCGCGAUGCGGCAACUGCGAUAAAGGUGUAUGAGGAAAUGCGCGCCGCGGGCGUCGAGCCAAACCGCAUCUUGUUCAACGUCUUGAUCAACGCCCUCGGGCGUGCGAACCGUAGCGAAGAGGCGAUGGAGUACUUUCGCGUGAUGCAGAAGCAAUCCGAAGUGAAUAGUUCGUUAACUCCGAAUCGGGAGACGUACACGACGGUUUUCGAUGCGUUCAUCGGCGGCGGCGGCGCAGAGCUCGCCAUGGCGAAACAAUCGCUCGAAUCAGGCGACGACGCAUCCUUCGUGCACAGCGCCCAGGUUGCGAAGUUGCGCGAAAUCUACGCUCAGGGCGUUGAACACGGUGUGUACGAAGACUUGUCAGUCGUACUGUCGACGCGCGAAGCGGAGUCUGAGUCUUGUACGAUAAACAUGAACCAGCUGUCGCGCACCGAAGCUACGGUGGCGACGCUCGUCCUGCUCGAACGCAUGUCCACGCUUUCGAGCGAUCAAGUACCAUCCGCCAUGUUCAUCUACGCGGGUAAGGUAAAGCCGGGUAAAAACGGUGCCCAGCGUCGAUUGUUGGCGAUCGAAACUGUCCUUCGUGCGGCUAACGUCAAGUUUGAAAUCGGCGAAGUCGGUUCCGCCGAACUCAUCGCCGUGAAGGGCAAGCACUGUCGCGCGUGGAUCGAGAAAAACGCCGGCACGUUUGUGUAAAUACUCUAGACCUUAGUCAUUCUUUUAACCAUCAGAUGUGCUAUUUGCU